UGCUCCAACAGCAGGGCUCCGACGGGCUGCGGGGAAGAGGGGGCGCAAGGGAAGGGUGGGGGCGAGCCUCCGCGGUGACCCCGGCCCCCGCCCGCUCCCGGGCGCCUCCCCGGCCAGCCUACCUCGGCCUCGUCCGUCCGGAAGUAGAAAAGGAAGUUGACCACCAGCUUCACCAGUCGCCGCUUCAGCACUACGAACACAGCAGGUUGUCAGCUGAGCGUCGACAAGCAGAGACUUCAGGGGAGCACGCACUGAGCCCUCGGGCCAAGGUCCAGGAAGGCUUCCUGAAGGAGGUUUCCCCAAGGCCCUCACCAUGGAUUUCCAGCACCGCCCCGGGGGGAAGACCGGGAGUGGGGGCGUGGCCUCCUCCUCCGAGAGCAACCGGGACCGCAGGGAGCGCCUCCGGCAGCUGGCCCUGGAGACCAUCGACAUCAACAAGGACCCCUACUUCAUGAAGAACCACCUGGGCUCCUACGAGUGCAAGCUGUGCCUGACCCUGCACAACAACGAGGGGAGUUACUUGGCGCACACGCAGGGGAAGAAGCACCAGACCAACUUGGCCCGGCGAGCCGCCAAGGAAGCCAAAGAGGCCCCCGCCCAGCCGGCGCCAGAGAAGGUCAAGGUGGAGGUGAAGAAGUUUGUGAAGAUCGGCCGGCCGGGGUACAAAGUGACCAAGCAGAGGGACACGGAGAUGGGCCAGCAGAGCCUCCUCUUCCAGAUCGACUACCCUGAGAUCGCCGAGGGCAUCAUGCCCCGCCACCGCUUCAUGUCCGCCUACGAGCAGAGGAUCGAGCCCCCGGACCGGCGCUGGCAGUACCUGCUGAUGGCCGCCGAGCCCUACGAGACCAUUGCCUUCAAGGUGCCGAGCCGGGAGAUCGAUAAGGCCGAGGGCAAGUUCUGGACUCACUGGAAUCGGGAAACCAAGCAGUUUUUCCUUCAGUUCCACUUCAAGAUGGAGAAGCCCCCGGCCCCACCGAGCCUCCCUGCUGGGCCCCCCGGGGUGAAGCGACCCCCACCCCCGCUGAUGAACGGUCUGCCCCCCCGGCCACCGCUGCCUGAGUCUCUGCCCCCGCCACCACCAGGAGGCCUGCCCCUGCCGCCUAUGCCUCCCAGCGGGCCUGCGCCCUCGGGGCCCCCGGGCCCUCCCCAGCUGCCCCCGCCAGCUCCGGGGGUCCACCCCCCGACAUCUGGGGUCCACCCCCCUGCACCGGGGGUCCACCCCCCAGCUCCCGGGGUCCACCCCCCAGCACCAGUGGUGCACCCCCCAACAUCUGGGGUUCAUCCCCCUGCUCCAGGCGUCCACCCUCCAGCUCCAGGGGUCCACCCGCCUGCUCCAGGCGUCCACCCUCCCCCAUCUGCUGGGGUUCACCCCCAGGCCCCAGGGGUGCACCCGGCAGCUCCUGCCGUGCACCCCCAGGCCCCCGGCGUCCACCCCCCAGCUCCUGGGGUCCACCCCCCAGCCCCAGGGAUCCACCCCCAGCCUCCGGGGGUUCACCCUCCACCUCCUGGGGUCCAUCCAUCUGCUCCUGGGGUUCAUCCUCCAGCUCCUGGGGUCCACCCCCAGCCUCCUGGAGUUCACCCUGCAAAUCCUGGGGUGCACCCCCCAACUCCCAUGCCCCCAAUGCUGAGGCCCCCGCUGCCCGCCGAGGGUCCUGGGACCAUUCCGCCCCCUCCCCCAGCCAACUAAAGAGCCGCUCCUUCUCCAGGCCAGCUUGGUGUCUUGUCCUGUGUCUUCUCUCCCGGCUCAGUUCAGUGCUUUUGUACGAGGCCUCGCCGUGUCCGCAGCGAUCAUUAAACAGCCUCCCCUGA